GGCGCGAGUCAGUCAGUGGUGCACGGUAGGUCGCGUGGUGUAUACGUGUCGAACUGAUCGCGUCGAGAAGGGUCACAGAAAUAGAGAGAGAAACCGAGCGAGUAAAAGGGCACCCAGACGCGUUAUAUACUUCGGUUACACACUUUCUAUCUUUUCUCUCUGUCUCUCGUUUGCUUAAUCGUUGGUGCGAUUGUCGGUUACGAAGGACAAAAGGACGAAAGUUUUUUUUUACUCUCGUUCGGCGACGAUCGACUUAUUUGACUUCGCACAUACACGACGGCGGCGAGAUUUUGAUCAGCGAGAGCGGGCUAGAAUAUGAAAACAUCUAUGGAGAAUCUGUUAUCCUGGGUCGCGCUGUUCAUGACCGCCCUGUAUUCCCUGCUCGCUAGCUGCCGAGGCGAAAAGUGCGGACACGAGGAGCUGGUGAGGUGUGCCAGGCCCCUCGAGAGAAUCAGCAGCAACGACCUGAGUCUCGUCGUAACGAAAAAGGAGGAACUCAACAAACUAUGCCCCGAUCUCGAGGCCGGUAUGAAAUGCAUCACAAGGUACACGAUCAAUUGCAUGAAGGAGAAGCAGAGGGAGCACUUCAACUCGCUCUAUACCGGUACCAACAAGGCCAUCAUGGAACUCUGCCACGAUGGUCCGUACCAAGACGAAUUCUUGAAGCACGCCCCGUGCAUGCAAAAAGUCAAGGCCGAGUACGAGAUAUGUUACAAAGCGUAUCAGAGGGGUACGGUAGUCAUGGAAAAAUCUUCAAAUCGCACAGCUGCUACGCAAGAAGAUCUCAAGUCUCUUUGCUGCGCCUUCACGGAAUAUCUGGAGUGCUCUCAUCGUACAGUGCGCAGUCAGUGUGGCGAUGAUACAGCGCGAUUCACAAAGGACUUCCUCGACAGAAUGUCAAGCUCGCUGCUAAAAGCACACUGCGGGUCUUAUACACACGAGGAAUGCGUUAGGCUCAACGGUAGUUCGACGCCAAAUCUUUCUGCCAUUAUACCAAUGACGCUUAUUCUCCUUAUGAGAUACUUUACGUAAUUGGCUCCAGCCAGGAUCACUUUUUACCUUCGAAAGAUAGAGAAUAGGGGAGCGCGAGAGGAUGAGGGAGGUAGGCGAAAGAUGGGGAAUCAAGCGAGAAGAGAUGAGGAGAAGAAUUGCUAGGACAUGAGGAGGAGGGGGAGAGUCAUUCGACUUUUAUCAUGCUUUGCUUCAGAGAGAAUAUAUUCCUUAUUUUCGAAGAGUGCUCGAAGAAUAGUCGAAGGAGAGGAGGGAUCAGGAAGAGAGAAGAUAAACGUCGAUAAGAAAAAAAAGAGUCUAAGAACGGCGGGGGAAGAGGAAAAAUAUAUGACGAAGAAGGAAGAGCGCGGCGUUCGCGCGCAUUUUUUUCUUCGAAGGGAAUAUAUUUUUCAUUUAAGAAAUGAUGCAAGAGAUAAUCACGAUUACGAAAGUAAACAAUGGUGUGGGGGAUCAGUAUUAUAAGACCGAAAGAAGCGAGGAGAGUGAGAGAGAGGGACACUCCAAGAAGAUAUGACGGAGCACCGGAAGAAUGGAAGAGGAUCGCGCGGAAGAAAAAUCGUCGGUGCGAGAUGCACAUCGUGGAGAUAUCGCGAAUCGAACGAUAAUAAAGUAGAUCGUGUAGACCCGACAUGCCCGAGAAUCGCCUCGAUCGAUCGUUUGCUCUCCGCGAAGUCGGUAUGACACCGUCACGUAAGACUGACUCAAUCUUUUUUUACGCGAGAGGAAAGUCGCGAAAAGAUUAAAAAAAUGAAAUAAAAAUACUCUUUAUUAAUCGGCGAGAUUUUUUUGCGAGCUGUCUCUUAAUUGCCGCGCGCGUGUUGUUCUGACGAGUACGCGCGAGAAGUCAGAAUUCCGCGAACAUUCGUGGAUCGGAUGACCGAAGAAAAAGGGCGGCGAGAGUAAGGAGGUUAAAGAUUUAUAGCGAGACGAGAGGAGAAAAGGCAAACGUGUCUUUCCGGCACGUUUCCGCUUCGAUUUCGGAAAAGGGCGCUCGUGCGGAAAGAACGAACGAGCUAUCGUCGCCCUGAAAUCAAUUUCAUCGAAUAAUCGCGACCUAUCGAUUCGUGCGACUACUGAAAGAGAGAAAGAGAAAAAGAUCGCCGAGAAAAAUCUGAGUAGAGCAAGGAAUUUCUAUACCCGUUCAAAGAACGGCGGAUAAAAUCACGGUACGUUCCCUUGCGCGAGAGAACGCGAGCGUGUUUCGUUAAAGAACACGAUCGCCGUGAGCGAUCAAGUGUCUUCGGCUUGGUCGAAAGUUUAAAAAGUAGUAAAAUUGACGCGCGUUAUUGCGAUUUCAUCCAAGAGAAGAGGGCCCGGCAAAACUAUCUGCCAUCUCGAAACAGGUGCGAAAUGCUAGAUUAUCACCGAGCUUUGAGAGCUCUCCCUAGGUAUGUCAAAAUCAAUUUCCUCUCUAUAUACAUUAUACGAACACUUUUGCACAGUAUUCGGGGAGGGAGGGAGGGGGAGGGGGGCAUGUACAUUUUCAUAUUUGCGUACAAUCGCGCGAGAUCCGAAGGUUCGAAGAGCGUUUUUUUAAUUUCAGAGAGUCAUAUAUAAUACGGUUUAAAAAAAAAAAAAAUAGUUUACAAUGAAAAAAAAAAAAAAAAUCUUUCUCACCAGGACGCACUAAUGAAUGCACGCUAGAAUUACAGAGAAAUUUCGCCUAAUUAAAAAUAGCCGAGAUAAUUAGAAUAACUGCUCACACAUAUUCUUUGACAACAAUUCCGCGUAACACGUAAAUAAUACGCAUGGAUAAUACUUGCGAAAAACGCUGUUCAUAGACAAAAUUUGAAGAGAGGAGGGAGGGGUGAAACGUUGCAGAGCCGCGUUGCGGGCCACUUGUGGUGCGUUUGACAUGUUUGUUUGGCAUGCCCGUUUAUACAAAUAUAACAUGUCAGACACGAGACUCUAGCUAAAGAACCAGAAAUGAACGAGUCUAUUUUUCUGGGAUCCGACGUAGAGUGUUGUUAUGUGUUGUUACGUGUUGCCUAUAGACACACGUAAUAUAUACACCACAUAUACACACGAGGGCGAUUGUACUCGCCGCACAAAUGAUAGUAUUAGCACUUGCAUUAUCGUGUCUUAAUUAUAAAAUAGGCGAAACGAGAGAGAGAGAGAGAGAGAAUGAUUGUGUAUGAAAGAGAGAGAAAGUAAAUAAAUUUUCACGUCGUAUCGAUUCUCAUAACACUCAUCAUUGAGGUAUUACACGAUUUUCGAUAAGCAGAACAUUUUCAAUGUUUUUUUUUUAAAUAUAAAUUUUUAUAAAACAAUUUAUUUAUUAUAUUUUGUCGUAUCAUUUUAUAUAUCUGCGGCUUUUACGUUAUUCUGGAAUAACAAUAAUUUUGCAACAGAAAGAUAACUCGAUUAAUUGACAAUUUUUACGACACGUUGAAGACAUUACGUCGUAAACAAUUAAUCGCGACCAAUCGUUUGACUUAUAAGUUAUUAUAAAAUCCAUAUGAGAAAGUCACGGUAUUUAAUCAAACGUGUCCCAUUCAUGCAAUUAUCGAUAUUUCUCUAUUAUCCUGUGCGCCAUUCGGAAUAUAAUGCAGAUUAAUAAUCUAGAAAUUAAAUUCCGUUUUCAACGGGGGAUACGUUUAUCGAUAGCUCCGCACGUCCUGCACGUGUGUUAUAAUGCGAACUCGAUGUCGACAUCAUUUAUAAUUUAUCAUUUCAUAGAAUUUACGCGUACGCUUUUAAUCAAUGUUAAAACACACACGGUAGAAUAUUGUUUUCUCCAGAUUCUCGAGAAUCAUGUAAUCAUUUCAUCGAGCGAAAAGAGUCCACGGCAUGCCUGAACGGAGAGAUAUAUAUUUAUUUGUAAUAUAUAUAUAUAUGUAUAAUUAAUUAAGAAAAGCAUUGUAAAUAUCAUCAAGCUGUCGAGCUUAAGAAAAUGUAAGAUAACUUAAAUACAUUCGCAAUAAAGUCUGUUAUUUUUCUUUAAAAAAAAAAAAGUC